CCUGAAAUUUAAACCAUAACCCCACUUUUCUAACCUCACUUUUUUGUGGUCUAAAAAAUGGGGAAAUCGUGGGCCGAAUUGGGUGUAAAUCUUCACAAAGAGGUACAAAAUGCCAUAAAAACCCUCAAUUUUCCAACAAUGACACCAAUUCAAGCGGCUGCAAUUCCACAAUUAUUAAACAAGAAAGAUGUAGUCGCUGAAGCUGUAACAGGGUCCGGAAAGACGCUAGCAUUCCUCAUUCCGCUACUCCAAAUACUCAAACAACGCGACAAAUGGAAAAGACAAGAAAUUGGGGCUUUGAUUGUCUCACCGACACGUGAAUUGGCCACUCAGAUUAAACAAGUUUUAAACCAGUUACUUGAGUCGAUAUCAGGGAUAACUUCUUUGUUAUUAGUUGGGGGUAAUUCAGUUGAAGAAGAUUUCAAUAAUUUAAAACGGGACGGUGGCAAUGUAAUUAUUUGUACCCCGGGUCGAUUUGAAGACUUACUUUCGCGCAAAAGUGAUUUUAACUUAACCUCAGCUUUGAAAAAUUUGGAAAUUUUAAUCCUAGACGAAGCCGACCGACUGCUAGAUUACGGUUUUCGGAAAUCUCUCGACGUAAUUUUGAGCUAUUUGCCGAAACAGAGACGUACCGGUCUUUUUUCAGCCACUCAGACUAAACAAUUGCAAGAUUUAAUCAGGGCCGGACUCAGGAAUCCAGUUUUGGUCAGCGUUAGUGUGAAGGCCGAACAUAGCACGCCCGAAAAAUUAGACAAUUAUUAUAUUAUUGCGAAUAAUAAUCAUAAAUUAGCGGCACUUUUUACAUUUUUGCAAAGUCGGUCUGUGCAAAAAGCGAUGCUUUUUUUACCGACUUGUGCCGUCGUUGAUUUUUGGUCGGAAACGUUUCCUCAUAUUUUUGCCGAUUUCCCGAUUUUGGCGAUUCAUGGAAAAAUGAAAGAGAAACGCAAAAAAAUUAUUGAGAAAUUUAAAAACUCAACUAGAGGAUUAUUACUAUGUACUGAUGUUCUAGCAAGAGGAAUUGACAUUCCGGAAGUUGAUUGGGUCCUCCAGUGGGAUCCCCCGGCCAGUGCUAGUGCUUUCGUUCACCGCGUUGGUAGAACUGCAAGACAAGGACGUCAAGGAUCGUCUCUCCUUUUCCUCCUCGACACUGAAGAAUCCUACGUCCCUUUCAUCGAAAAAAAUCAGAGAGUCAAACUAGACCAACUCCCCGACGUUUCAAACACUAAAACUAGUGAAAAUUUGAAAAACAUUUUACAAAAUUUGCAAAAAACUGAUCGCGAUAUAAUGGAAAAAGCCAAAAGGGCAUUUGUUUCGCACGUGAGAGCCUACUCGAAACACGAAUGUUCGUUAUUAUUGCGAAUCAAGGAAUUUCCGUUCGGUCAAGUGGCCACAAGCUACGGUUUACUCCAAUUACCGAAAAUGCCCGAACUGAAGAAACACAGUUCGGCCGGAUUUGAGCCCCUCGAAGUCGACCUCAACACGAUUCCCUACAAGGACAAACAAAGGGAAAAAGUAAGACUACAAAAACUGGAAGUCUAUCAAAAUACCGGCUCAUGGCCGGGGAAACCCAAAACUGUGAAAAAACCAAACGAGCCGUGGUCAUUAACUAAACAAAAGAAAAACGAAAAGAAAGAGAAACGACUGAAACGGAAACGGGCGAAAGAAAAACCGGGAAAAAAGAGGAAAAGUGGAAUAAGUGAAGAGGAUUUGGCCGAAUUAGCGCGAGACGUCGCCUUAAUAAAGAAAUUCAAGAAGAGGAAAAUCUCGGAAAAUGAACUCGAUAAGAGCUUCGGUCUGGUAUAAAACUGGCAACAUUGCGUCACAUUGUGAUUUGAGGUUAUAUAAAUAAAUCCUAUUUUGGUUGU